UACUCAUCCCGCAGAGGUGAUCCCGGGCGCGAGGGCGGGCGCAAGGCGUCCGGAGAACCCAGUAAUCCGAGAAUGCAACAUCAGCCCUUCCCACCAGGCACUUCCUUCCUUUUCCCGAACGUCCAGGGAGGAGGGCCGUGCAUUUAUAAACUCGCGGCCGCGGCCGAGCGGCAUGUCAGAAGCUGCCUCGCAGGGGCCGCGAGCCAGGGUCAGAAGCGCCUGGACUGUGACCGAGACGCCCCCAAGCCCCUCCACCCCGGUCAGGUGCCGCCCGCCCGCCCCGUCGCCGCGCCCGCUCUCUCUCCGGAGCGGGCACGAACAUCCCUGGACAGCAUGCUGGGGGUUCUGCUCCUGGGCAUGCUGGCUCCGGCUGGCUUGGGGAUCUCGGGCCCAGUGGAGCCGCAGCCCACUGGCAGCCAGUGCGUCGAGCACGAGUGCUUCGCGCUCUUCCGGGGCCCCGCGACAUUCCUUGCGGCUAGCAGGGCCUGCGAGCGGCUCGGUGGACACCUGAUGACCGUGCGGUCGUCGGUGGCUGCGGAUGUCAUCUCCCUUCUGUUGAGCGGGGACAGCAGCGUCGGUCCGCGCCUCUGGAUCGGGUUGCAGCUUCCGCCGGGUUGUGGCGACCCUGGGCCUGUCGGGCCUCUGCGCGGCUUCCAGUGGGUGACGGGCGACAACCGCACCAGCUACAGCAGGUGGGCGCGGCUCGACGGCGGCGCGGCGCCGCUCUGCGGCCCGCUGUGCACCACGGUCUCGGCUGCCACGGACGCUGCGCCUGGCGAGCCCGCCUGGGAGGAGCAGCAGUGCGAGGCGGAGGCCCACGGCUUCCUCUGCGAGUUCCACUUCGCGGCCUCCUGCAAGCCGCUGGUGGUGGACGCCCGCGCCCCGGAGGCUGCCCACAUCUCCAGCACCUACAGCACCCCGUUCGGGGUCCGAGACACGGACUUCCAGGCGCUGCCGGUGGGCAGCUCUGCCUCCGUAGCGCCCCUAGGCUUGGAGCUGGAGUGCACCGCGCCGUCCGGAGCCGCCGAAGGGCGCUGGACGCGGGAGGCCACCGGCGCUUGGGACUGCAGCAUCGAGAACGGUGGCUGUGCCUUCUCGUGCAACCGGAGCGCGGGCGCGCCCAGCUGCCUCUGCCCGGGCGACGCCGCCCUGCUGGCCGACGGACGCUCCUGCGGCGCGCCGCCGGUGGUGCAGCCGUGCGACAACCUUUGCGAGCAUUACUGCAUCAGCAACCCCGACGUGCCCGGCUCCUACUCCUGCAUGUGCGAGACCGGCUACCAACUGGCGGCCGACCAGCACAGCUGCGAGGACGUGGACGACUGCCUGCAGUCGCCCAGUCCGUGCCCACAGCGCUGCGUCAACACCAAGGGUGGCUUUGAUUGUCCCUGCUACGAAGGCUACGAGCUGGUGGAUGGCGAGUGCGUGGAGCUCGUGGACCCGUGCUUCGGGACCAACUGUGAGUACCAGUGUCAGCCCGUGAGCCCCACCGAGUACCGCUGCAUUUGCUCUGAGGGCUUCGCCCCCAUCCCGGAGGAGCCGCACAGGUGCCAGAUGUUCUGCAACGAGAGCGCGUGCCCCGCGGACUGCGACCCCAACAACCCAAACUACUGCGAGUGCCCCGAGGGCUUCAUCCUGGACGAUGGCACCACAUGCGUCGACAUAGACGAGUGUGACAACGACUACUGCCCCGGUGAGUGUCGGAACCUCCCCGGCUCCUACGAGUGCAUCUGUGGGCCCGACACCCCUCUUGCGGGCCACGUGGGCAAAGACUGUCACCCUGCUGUUGUGCAUGGUGGCGACGACGAUGGUGGCUCUGGAGAGCCCCCCGCCAGCCCGACACCUGGCUCCACGACGAGUCCUCCCGCCGCCGGGCCAGUGCACUCGGGUGUGCUCAUUGGCACCUCUAUCGCUAGCCUGUCCCUGGUGGUGGCGCUUUUGGCGCUCCUCUGUCACCUGCGCAAGAAGCAGGGCGCUCAGAGGGCCGAACUGGAGUACAAGUGCGCGUCACCCGCCAAGGAGGUGGUGCUGCAGCGCGUGAGGACCGACCGGACGCUGCAGAGACUCUGAGGGUCCUGCGUCCCUCCCCCGGGGCCCAGGGCUGGCAGGCCUGUCCUCCCACGGCGCCUCGCCCCGCUCUCGGGCGGGAGGGGGACCCCAGCUGUACUCUGGCUGCUCGAAGCACCCUAGCUGGCACGACACCCCUCUGUAGCCACAAGAAGGCGAGCCAGGAGGACGGGAAAGACUCUCAAGUUGCCACUGGCAAAUUUAUCCAGAAGACAAACUGCCGAGGGGGGCCCUCGGGGCCUCUGGUGCAUGAUGGGUGGGAGCUACCGCUCUGUAGCCUGGGGUCUAAUUCCACUCCUUGAGCUAGCGAUGACCAAGAUAUUUAUUUGUUAAGUAUUUAGGCUUUUCCUUCCCUUUGGUUUUUCCCUUUUUUGUCUCCAAUUAUUCCUUCCUCUCUUUCCCCAUCCCCUUCUCUGCACUUUCUCUCCAUUUACUCCUCCUCCUUCCUCCCGUAUCUGCUUCUACUUGGCUAAUCUUAGCUUUCUAUCCAGACCGAACUCCUAUGUGAGGGAGAAACAAAAACACUAAAAGCAGAUCAGUUUCUUUUUCGCUGGCUUUGCUAAUAUAAUCUAAAAUUUCAGGUUUCCAGAGCAAAAUAAUUUUAACAAAGGUUAAAAUGUGACAGAUGAUCCUUAAUUAAUGUUGCCAGAAUGUCACAGAAAUUAAACCCAAGGAGUACCUUUUUAAUCUUUAUUUUUGAAACAGUGAGCCUUGGUUUUAUUAUUGUGGCUGUUGGGUUUGACUUGGACUGAAGAAUGGUAGUUACUGUUCAGCUUUUAUACAGCUUUCUCCAUCAUUAUUAAGUUUUGGCAGCGUUGAAAAUGUUCAGCUUGCUCUACUAGACAUCGCCAUGAGGUGAUGUUGUCAUCUACAAACAUGUUGGGCAGUAUUCAUAGCUAUCCUGGGACACAUGUGGCCUGUAGUUUGGAUAUGGUUGUGACUGACAGAGAAGCACCUCCCAGGAGACAUCUUAAGAAAGUUUUAAGCUGACCCUCAACUGCUCUUGUCACUUGUAGUCCAACAUAAAAGCAGCUCUAUUGCUUAAGGGGACAGAGGACCUUGGGAAUGGAGCCUGGAGAAUGCCCAAUUAGGGCCUGGUCUUAAUGAGACUCUUGGAAAAAUGUCUCCCACUCAGAGGGACCUUCUAGCCCUGGCCAUUGGAAUGUGGCCUUUGCAGAAGAAUUAGGAGCUUCCAUGGGAGCUGGCUAGAACUGCAAAGCCCCAGGCUCCACCCCACCUACUUCACGAGAACUUGCAUUUUAACAACAUCCACAGGGACAUGGUUCAGUCAUUUGAGGACAAUUGUUCUAGACAGUUUCCAACUUUCUGGAGAACAUUAAAGAUGGGUCAAUAAUAAGUAGCAGGCCAAGUAAGGCCCUUUAUUCUCAAGAAACUGAGGAACUUCCACCGCAUAGCUUUGCUUUCUGAUUUAAAAAGAUAAAAUGACUAGGUACACACCUCUAGAGAUUGCCACACAGGCUUCGGAAGGUUUUUCGUUCAACUAAGCUAGGAAUGAAAUGAAGCCAUGAGUCAGUGUAGAGAGCAGAUGUAUCAUAUGUGUAUCUUUUGUAAGGAAAGCGUUUCCUUUACUGUUUUGUAAACUCAGCAUAUUUGUACAUAGUUAUUUAUUUAUUGGAGUUCAGCUAGAACACAGGCAAAACUCUUGCUUAUGAUGUCACGUGUACAAAUAAACAGACUACAAUGUG